CAUAUAUGGCCUCAUCCUCUCAAAGUUGUGGUGUAUGUGAUCGCCGAUAUAUCAACAAACCAUUAAUAGUCUGGUGUGUAGAAUGUGAAGAAGGACUAUGUGAAGAAUGCCUGGAACACCAUAGUUUGUCCAAAGGAUCCAGAAACCAUAAGACCAUAUCAAUAACGGAAUACCAUAAAAUACCUAGUGAAGUACUUAUGAUCUCUCGAUACUGCAGCACACACAAAGACAAAUUUAUACUUUAUUGCCGAAAGCACGAACUUCCAUGCUGCAGUCAAUGUAUAGUUGAAAGCCAUACAAAAUGCCAUGAUAUCGACAAUUUGGAUGACGUAAUUCAAAAUGUCAAAACUUCAAAGGGCUUCUACGAGAUUGAGGAAACAUUGAUUGAAGUAACCGAAAAUUUACAGAAAAUCCGUCAACAUCAACAAGCCAAUCUGUUGACUUUGGGUGAGAAAAGAAAAGAAUUUAAGAAAGAAAUGAAAGAGACCAGAAGAAGAAUCAUUAAACACCUCGACAAGCUACAAGACGAUUUCAUAAAACAAUAUGAUGCAUUAGAAAACAAGGAAAACUCGAAAAUUCGUCAGUUGUUGUCAUCAUUAGAACUGCAAGAAAAAGAAAUAGACAAAUAUCAGAAAAACAUUGCAACCAUUAAACAACAUGCAACUGACUUACAGCUGUUUCUAUCAAUUAAGCAAAUAGAAAAAAACGUAAUGAGCAAAGACAAUAUCCUGCAUUCACUUAUCCAAGGCAAGGCUUUGAAUUUUCAUGCUCUAAACUAUAAAAUCAACACUGCUAUUCAAAAUGUCACGUUCGAUAUCAAAAGUUUUGGAGAAAUAUAUUUAGAAACUGAACCGUGCGAUAUUGCUCUUAGUAGGAAGAAGACGAAACAAGCCCAGAUACUGGUACCAGCCGUUGAAUCAAGAUCUGUCGAAAAAGCAAAGCUGCAGAUAAGCAAACAAAUAAACAUGCAAGGAACAAACAUUUGUGGGUGUUGCAUACUACCGGAUGGUAGAUUGACGUUUACUUACUUCUGUGAAAAGACCGUUAAAGUGUUCAACAUCGAAGGAUCAAAAGUCUUUGAGAUAAAGAUCCCGUCUAACGUAUAUGAUAUAGUCUAUAUUAGGGCGGACAACACAUUCGCUGUCACAUCUGGUACGUCAAGGAGAAAGUGCAUUACUAUUAUCGAUUUUGAGAAAGAACAAAUUAAGCAAACAAUUCCACUAGAAUCGUUUAAUUUUGGCAUAUCACUUAAAAGAAAUAAAUUAGUAUAUUCCAGUAAAAACAAAGGCAUACAAAUGCUAAAUCCACGGGACAACUCUUUUACCGACAUAGUCCGAGAUGAAAUGCCAAGCGACUGUUACACGGCAACAUUUGGUGACAACAUAUAUCACUCAAAUCAGAAUGAAAAUGCCGUUGCAUGUUAUGAUUCAAAAGGUAAACUGCAAUGGACAUUCCGAAAUAAAAGCGUUCUAAAAAAUCCUCGUGGUAUUGCUGUUGAUACUGAUGGUAAUGUGUACGUGGCAGGGAUGAACUCUCAGAAUGUUGUAUUUAUCUCGCCUAAUGGAAAACAAAAUAGAGUAGUAUUGGAUGCAAAAGAUGGUCUUAACAAUCCAACAUCACUUUGUAUAAGUAAAUCAAGAAAGCAGUUGCUAGUUGCUAACUGUGAUUACGAGGCGCAUGUGUUUGAUUUUAUUUGAAAUGUUCAAAUUACAAUUAAAGCUUGUCCCGAUGAGGUCAUCCUACAAACUAAUUAUAACGAUUCGAUUCCUACCACAUAAAAAAUAGAUGAAUUGGAAACAAUAUUGUAUAUUAAAUUAAACGAAGAUGUUAAACCUUUGAUGAUAUAUUUUUACUUUGUACUAUCACGGCUUAAGGUGUUGAAAAACAAUAAGUUGC